AUGACAUCGCCGGCGAUCCGAAUCCCCUUCACGGGUCCAUUGCCUCCCGCUCUGAUCAUCCCGUCUUCUGCCAGCACGCUCGCGGGUGCUAUCGAUGCCGUGAGUGCCUUCUUUACAGCUCCCCCGUCCUUGCACCUCCGGGGCAUCGACGUGGGGAGGAACCGACAGACGGUCCUCUUGACGGGCGCCGGCAUUUCCGUGGCAUCGGGUCUGUCGGACUAUCGUGGGGAUCAAGGCACCUACCGUCGGAACAAGGCCUACCGACCGAUCUACUUUCACGAAUUCACCGCACGGCAUGAAGCGCGGCAACGAUACUGGGCGCGCAGCUUCGUCGGAUGGCCAGGUCUCGUGAGCGCAAAGCCCAAUUCCACCCACCACGCCGUUCGGGAUCUGGGCACCAAGGGAUACAUCAGCUCGGUCGUGACGCAGAAUGUGGACUCGUUCCAUUCGAUCGCCCAUCCCGAACUGCCGAGCAUUGAACUACAUGGAUACCUGCGAUCGGUGGUCUGCGUCAGCUGUCGCAAUCAACUCCCACGGCAAGAGUUCCAGAGCUCGCUGGAGCGGUUAAACCCGGCGUGGGCCGAGUUCCUCGCCCGCAUGGUCGAUGUCGGAGCCCUGGAUACCAACAAUCCGGAAGAACAACGCAAAAAGGGAUUCAAACUCAACCCCGACGGUGAUGUCGACCUGCCCCAGGCGCCCUACUCGACGUUUCGGUAUCCCUCCUGUCCCACCUGUCUGGAGCGGCCCCCGCGAUUGAAAGACGGGACCCGUGCCCGAGUCGAAGUGGAGAGGGACGGCGCCUGGCUGCCCACCUCCAAUGCGGGCAUCCUCAAGCCGGCGGUGAUCAUGUUUGGCGAGAACAUCGAUCCCGCGGUCAAGGCCGCGGCGGAGGAGGCCAUCGACGAUGCAGGUCGCUUACUGGUGCUGGGCAGCAGUCUGGCAACCUACUCGGCAUGGCGGUUGGUGGAACGAGCCUAUAAACGGGGCAUGCCUAUCGGGAUCAUCAACGUGGGCGGAGUGCGCAAUGAGGCGAUGCUCUUUGGCGAAUUAGGCUCGGGCCUCAUCGGAGAUGCGACAGGCCAUGUGCGCUGCAGCCAUCCCACCCAAGACAUUCUCCCGACCGUCGUGGCUGGUUUGCCUCGAAAUGAUCGCUAA